GCAUCUGAUUAGUUUUUUUCAUAAUUUAUCAAAUAAAAUCAAUUAAUUAAAAUGGGUUUUCUAACAGUUCUCAAAAAAAUGCGUCAAAAGGAAAAAGAAAUGCGUAUACUUUUGCUUGGAUUGGAUAAUGCAGGAAAAACAACAAUUCUUAAGAGAUUCAAUGGUGAACCAAUCGAUACCAUUUCUCCAACUUUGGGUUUCAAUAUAAAAAGUUUGGAACACAAUGGUUAUACUUUGAAUAUGUGGGAUGUUGGUGGUCAAAAGUCACUCCGUUCUUAUUGGAGAAAUUACUUCGAGUGCACAGAUGGUUUGGUGUGGGUGGUGGAUAGUGCCGAUCGAAUGAGACUACAAACAUGCAAGGCUGAACUUGAAGUAUUGUUGCAGGAGGAAAGACUUGCAGGUGCUACUUUAUUAGUUUUGGCUAAUAAACAAGAUCUUCCAGGGGCAUUGUCGUCACAAGAAAUCAAAGAGAUUCUUGAGUUAGAUAACAUAACAACACAUCACUGGCUUGUGUUGGGAGUCAGCGCUGUGACUGGAGAGAAACUUCUCACAGCUGUCGAUUGGCUGAUUGCUGAUAUAGCAAAACGAAUCUUCACUUUAGAUUAGAAUAUAUUUUAUUUGAUUCCAUAAAUAUAUAUCCAAUAAUUACUAAAUAAUAA